UGAUUCUCUCAAUCGCGCCGAUAACUACAGUAGAUUUCUUGCUUGUUGUAUCUUCGAGACAACUCUUCUUCGUCGUCCUCGUGCUCAAGCUUCGCGAACCAGUCCUCGAGUUUGAUCGGAACUUUGAUUCAAUUAACUGAACCCUCCUUCUCGACUUGUGAUUCUCAUUUGCGUCUGUGUAUUUGAUCAGGCGAUCAUUUUUACAAAUUCUAUUGCGUAUUUUUGGUUAUGUAUCUGAUGAUUGUCACAGGAUGAUGCAAGAGAUUCUGAGGUAAAUCGGAAGGAGCAUUCGGGGAUGUACGAUAGAGAAGGCUCGUUCGUCCUCUUCUGUUUUGUAGAGUUAUGAUGUUUAUGUAGGAGUUGAGAUAGUGAUCGUAGCUUGAUUUCACGUAAUGAGGAGACACUAGAACUGUGAACAACAGCUAAGAGAUCAGCAGCUAGUAUUCAUCCGUUGAAGUUUAUUUGUUUCGUUUAUAGCUGAGGGUGUGUGACUUGGAUCAGCAGCUUGGUUAGGCGAGGGUCUUUAUUUGUGUUUAUGCUCAGCCAUUCUACCUUUGAUCUAACACCUGUUCAGAGGGUGUGCCGAGGUCUUUCAUGUGUUUGUGCUCAGCUAAGAGAUAGUGGCAUACAUUCUACCUUUGAUCUAACACCUGCUCAGGAGGAAUGCUUGCAGAGUUUGCAGAACUGUAUUGAUGUAGCUUAUUGACAGCACCAUACCUCUGCAUCUGGUACAAAACUCUUGGUCCAAUACCAACUCUUCUGGAAUCUGUCUCCGCCAUGAAACCACCGCGGCAGAACGUCUGGGGUACUCGACGCGUUACUCGAUCGAUGACCAGCCCUCAGCAAAUCUCGUUGCCGAUUCCUGAUGAACUCGUUUUCGAGAUAUUCUCGAGGUUGCCGUCGAAGGUGAUUGCGAGAUGUCGGUGCGUAUGCAAGCUCUGGUCCUCCAUGCUUUGCAGUCAAGAUUUUAUACAGUCGUUUUUGACCAAAUCUUGUGCGCGCCCUCAGAUCCUUUUCUCCUGCGAAGCUAAGUUCGAUAUUUGCUUUUGGUCGGUACCUCAGCCUCAAAAUAUGGAAGGUGACUCGUCUGCUGUAGCCGCCGCCAAUCAUCUUGCGCCUUUCCGCAGAUACACUAGAUUCUUAGGUUGUACCAAUGGCUUAUUCGUUUGUGGAUUUGAGGGGCUGAAAAAUGAUUCAAAGUUCGUCACGGUGAUAUGUAACCCUAGCACGGGAGAGUCCUUGACCUUACCAAGAUUGAAGUCGAGGACGAGGUAUGAAGUGGAAACAUAUCUUGGAUAUGACCCCAUUGCGAAAGAAUACAAGGUUCUGACAUUAGGAACUAAAAGAUUGUCAUGGAGGAAGGUCCAAUGUUGCAUACCUCAUUUGCCUUCUUCUUCCAUUGCUGUAUACAUCUGUGGUCAUUUGCCUUCUUCUUCCAUGCCUAUAUGCAUCAGUGGUGUUUUGUACUACAAAGCCGGCGCACCAUGCAUAUCUAGUGUGGAGUAUAUCGUGGAGUCUAUGGUCGUUUGUUUUGAUUUGAGGACUGAGAAGUUCAGCUCUGUCAAGUUCUUGGGAACUUCCUGUAAAGAACCAACUCUAGUAAACUACAAUGGCAAACUAGGCUUGCUUAUGUCAGGAGAUUCUACAUAUGUUAAUCUAGAAAGAACAAGUAGAAGUUUUGAGCUGUGGGUUCUACGAGACGCUGCAAAACAUGAGUGGUCCAAGCAUGUAUACGUAUUACCACCUUCGUGGAAGAAUAUAGUUACGGAGACCAUGCGCAUUAUUGGAAUGAUUGGUGAUGAAAUCGUAUUAUCCCUGUGCAACCAAAACAAGCAUUUAUAUGUCAUCUACUACAAUGUCGAGAGUAAGAUGAUCACAAAGGUUGGAGUCCAAGGAAUGGACGUGUAUCGGGGUUGUUAUCUCAAGACCUAUCUCAACUACGUUGAGGAUGUUAAGCUUUUUUAAGCAUUUCAAGUGAGAGAAGUGUAGCUUUCAUUUUGUGUGUUUAUUUUUUUUUUUCCUUUAGCAUCUUAGUUUGGAAACCCCACCUCUUGUGGAUGAUGGAUAAUAAUGUUUACUAUUUUGCUUAACGUGCAGAUCUAUUAUUAUGUUGUUUUA